AUGGCGAGAGGAAUCAAGGUACUCGCUUCGCUCUGCGCCGUGCUCGCGCUUGUGCUUCUGCUGCUCGGGGGCACGACGGCUGCCACCGGCGAUGGCGCGGGGUUUGACUAUAGGAGAGCGCUCCACAGCAGCCUCCUCUACUUCGAGGCGCAGCGGUCGGGGCACCUCCCAUACAACCAGCGCGUCAAGUGGCGCGGCCACUCGGGCCUCGCUGACGGGCUGCAGCAAGGGGUGGAUCUGGUGGGUGGGUACUACGACGCCGGCGACAACGUCAAGUUCGGCCUGCCGAUGGCGUUCACGGUCACCAUGCUGUCGUGGAGCGCCAUCGAGUUCGGGGCCGAGAUCGCGGCCGCCGGCGAGUGGCGCCACGUGCUGGAGGCCAUCAAGUGGGGCACCGACUACUUCGUCAAGGCGCACACCGCACCGGACGUGCUGUGGGCCGAGGUCGGCGACGGUGACACCGAUCACUACUGCUGGCAGCGGCCCGAGGACAUGACCACGUCGCGGCAGGCCUAUAAGGUCGACCGCGACAACCCCGGCUCUGACCUCGUCGGCGAGACUGCCGCAGCCAUGGCCGCCGCCUCUAUCGUCUUCCGCCGGUCCAACCCGCACUACUCCCACCUCCUCCUCCACCACGCCGAGCAGCUGUUCGAGUUCGGGGACAAGUACAGGGGCAAGUACGACAGCAGCGUGGCCGAGGUGUCGAGGUACUACGCGUCAGUGAGCGGCUACGGCGACGAGAUGCUGUGGGCGGCGCUGUGGCUGCACCGGGCGACGGGGAGGGCGGAGUACCUCGACUACGCGGUAGACAUGGCCGACGAGUUCGGCGGCACCGGCUGGGCCAUCACCGAGUUCAGCUGGGACGUCAAGUAUGCCGGCCUCCAGAUCCUCGCCACCAAGCUGCUACGGGAAGGGAAGCACCGGCCGGAGCACCACCCGACGCUGGAGCAGUACAAGUCCAAGGCGGAGCACUAUAUCUGCGCGUGCCUCGGCAAGAACGGCGAUGCCGGCAACGUGAACCGCACGGCUGGCGGCAUGCUCUACGUCCGGGAGUGGAACAACAUGCAGUACGUGACCAACGCCGCCUUCCUGCUCACUGUCUACUCCCGCUACCUCGCCCCCGGCUCCGGAGCAGCAGAGCCGCUGGUUCUGCAGUGCCCCGACGGGCCGGCGCGCGCCGACGAGCUCCUGGCACUGGCGCGGGCGCAGGCUGACUACAUCCUCGGCGCGAACCCGGCCGGCGUGAGCUACCUGGUCGGGCACGGCCGGCGGUUCCCGCGGCGGGUGCACCACCGGGCCGCGUCCAUCGUGUCGCACCGGGCCGACUGUCGUUUCGUCGGGUGCGUGCAGGGGUACGACCACUGGUUCCGCCGCGCCAAGGCGAACCCGAACGUGGUCGUCGGCGCCAUCGUCGGCGGGCCGGACCACCGCGACCGAUUCAGGGACCGGCGACACAACUACGUGCAGACGGAGGCGUGCACCUACAACACCGCGCCCAUGGUUGGCGUCUUCGCGCAUCUGCACAGCGAGGCGGUGACAGAGAGGAGAUAG